AAGGAGUGUAUCCCAAUGCUUUUGUCCAUAUAGUGUACCUUAACAACUGUAAUAUACAUUAAUAACAAACAUUAUAUGAUUAUACGAUUAUAAUGUUUGUUAUUAUCAUAUAAUAUCUGUUAUUAAUGAACAUUAAAGCUGUUAGGAUGUUGUGGUAUACUUACAUUCUGCUUGUGCAUGUUCUAUGAAUGCAUUACAAAUCCAUUACGAAGGUGCACUGAAUUAUUUUACGAAUGCAUUGUAAAAGCAUUAUGAAGAUACAGUUAAUGUAAAGCAUUACUAAAUAUUUAUUUGACUGUCCAUUCAGUUGAAGUAUGUUUUCUCAAAGUCUCUAGGAUUAAAAAAAAAAACAAACAAACAAAAAAAUCAAGGUGAGAGGGUGGGUAGAACACAAAAUUCCAAUUGUUACUUCAGUGGAGACCUGUACUGUGAACAUUCCAACUGGAAUGUUUUAAAGAGAAAGAAAACAAAGAUGACAAACUGUGCAAAAUAAUUCUGAAGUAAAUUGUAACUUUGUUAUUGUGAACAGACUGAAGGGAAGAGACAUUAUCCGUGCUACUGAAUCUGUCAGAUGCCUUUCGCAUAAGUGUUUUUCUGUUUAUCUUACUAGCCAUUUUAUCUGUGCAUCUGGUCAUGUCUUUGACCACGUAAGACGUCGCAUUAUUCUUUUUGACAGAGAUAUUAUCGGGAGUCAAUGCAGACACACCUAUUAAUUUUUCUUCAGCUGUCAUUCCUUUACACCACCUCUCUAAAGUGGCUGUUCCAUUUCGUUGUUUGUUGACUAACACUAUGCAUUCUUACAUUCUGUUACUUUGAAUGACUCUGUUAAGGAAAGCUUUAUUGUUAAUUUCACUGUGACUAACAUUCUCCCUAGGUAUUGUGUAUUUGAAGCUGCUGUACUUUAAUGUUUCCCCAUUUUUCUGAAGCCAGGAGACAAUGUGUUCAUUAAUGUCCCAUUACUGUAUUACAGCAGCACCAGCUACUGAAUCUGAUAUAUAUAUAUGUGUUUUUUCUGUUGCAUAGUUACAGUAAUUCAUUCAGGUGUUACUUACAUUCCGUUACUAGGCAGAAAAGGGGAGGGACAGACACACCUGGUGGAGAUGAAAAGCUUUUUUUUAAUACCUUGGAUUCAAGGAUUCGGGAGAUUUUUUGUCACAGGCAAGGUAUACAGUCAGACUAUAGCCUGCAGUGAAAUGCAAGGUGGUCAACUCUGCCACAAUAAAUAGUGAAAGCAAAGUAAAAACAUUCAACAAAAUAAAAUAUGUCAUAAAUAAGGAAAGUUGUACUGUAAAAAUAAAAGAGCUGAGAUGUGCAACACAAAUCAAAUAAAGUAUGAGGUGAAGUGACCUAGACUCUUAUUAGUUGUUACAUUGGUCAGUAAGCUGUUAUGGUGGUACCUCGAUACACGUCCUUAAUCCGUUCCAGAUACUUGGACUUAUGCAGGACGUAUACCAAACAUAUUUUUCCCAUAAGAAAUAAAGGGAAAAUGAUUCAUCCAUCCCCAUGAAAAAAAUCCUAUUGUUAUUGGCAUAUUAUACAUUGAUGGGGUUGUAUAAAAUAAUUUAAACACUGCUUAAUAUUAAAAUACAUAAAUACAAAAGCAAUUACAUGAAAUAAAUGAAAAUUUAACCUCGCUUUACCUUGCUGAGAGGAGUUGAGUGCCUACUUUCUUAGAACUCAUGGUUAAUGAAUUUACUAAAAAUUUACGUGGAAAAAACACAAAAUCACGUGAAAAUCCACAGAGAGUUAUGGCGCGGGUUGUUCGCUGAAUGGUAGCAACUGGCGUACUGACGCUCGUGGGCAGUGGUGGCGUUGUCUCGAGAGAGGUAAACAAGGGCAGCGCGCGGUGUUCCGACUCAUUUUGACCCAUACAAGUUCUAGCACGUGAGUCGUAUACCAAGCAAAAUUUUUCGCGUCCAAACAGGACAUAUACCAAAUUGGACUUAUUCCAAAGCGGACGUAUACCGAGGUACCACUGCAUUUUGAUUUUAUUUAGUUCGGACACAGAGCAGCAAUAAUGAGUGCAUUAAUAUCUGCAGAAGUCUCCAGUGUACUGUAUAUAAUUCUUAUGACCUUGUGUAAUGUGACAGCAAGUGCAAUGAGACUUUUUUACUAGGUCUAGGUUGGUAAAAUAGUAUCUUUAGGUUAUAUGUAAACUGGACCCCAAAUUGUCAGGGGACAAGGAUGCUGUACUGGGGAAGAUAACCAGUAUGUGUGAUGCUUACAUUGUAACAUUUUUGCACUUAAGCAAAAUCUAAUUUGGGGGUAAAAUUAGGGCACUUCCAAGGGCCCCUAAGUGACAGGGGCCCUAAAAAAUUAGGAACGUAAUAGGAUUGGUCUUAGUUGGGUUGGCUGCUCUUGUGCUUGUUCUUAAUACCUGGCAAUGCUUUGAGGGGCAUCAGAGCUGUGAAUAUUACACAUCUGGCAAAUGUCAGGAAAUUAUGUCUCAAAAUCCCCUUUCUCAAAUGUUUCCAAAGUGGAAGUGAAAUGGUAGCUAUAAAAUAAGGCAUAUGGUAUUGAUGACAGAACAUAUAGAAUAUUCUGGCUAGUCACAUUUAAGUGUCUUCCAAAAAAUAUAGCGUACACUUAAAAUAUAAAUAUAUAAUUUAUAUAUGCAGCUGUAGGUGCCAGUUAUUGCUUUUGAAUGGUAAUAAGCUUUAAUAUUUGCUUACUGAAUAAUAAUGAUUACUGACAAUUAUUUUCUGAUUUGUCCGUUUAUGUUAGGAAACAUGACUCGUGUAGAAUACCUGAAAUAUCUGUCAAGGUCUUUGAAUCUUCAGUCCAUUAGACAAGAACACUCUUCGAGGUCCCAACUGGUUUUGCCAGUUCUUUGCUGGUGUUUGCCUAGUUUUUUGUCAAUACUGUGUUCAUAAACAUGUGUGGAAUUGCCUGUUCAGUACUGGUGUCUACAUUCCUGUCAGUUCUAAUCACUUGACUGCCUAGUUAGCCUGGAAAACUAUGCGUUCACAUCAAUUGCUAAAACUUCCAAUAGAUAACAACAGAGAGCUGAUUAACCUAAUUCACUGUGGCAGUCAAAUGUAAAGUAAACCCACCCUAGCGCUAAUGUGAAAAUGGGUAAUAUAGAGACUAGAAAGGUAAAUCUGAAUGCUUUCAGCUUGUGCAAAGAAGAAUGAAUCAGAUGGAAAUUAAGUAUAAUGUGUACGAUUUGCUUUGAAAGCUUGUAACAAAUGUCAAAUGAUUUGUGUAUCUUUAUAAUGAUACAUACAAUUGCUGUUUGAUUUUUGAUAUCCCAUUGGUGGUGCCAAAUCUCUAAGUGUAUUGAAUAGAAGUAGGAGAAUUACAUAAGGGACGGAUGAUACUGUGAUAGCUUGUGGCCCCACUGUGCUCUCUCUGUCUCAGCUUUUUCCUAUUAUUGGUGUAGUGUGGUACUGUAGCUACAACAUUACAUGAAUGCUGAUUUAGCUGAGUCAAUUGUCGAGACGUCAGAGCAUUGAAUUCAUGUAACCCCUCAGCUUGGGCUCACAGCGCAUCCAGCGUGCCGGUGUGUAGUGCAGUUGCUGUUUGACCGUUGCACUCCUGUUUGAUGUUCGUAGUAAAACACAGUGACAGGGCAGUCUGCCCCAACAUGCCUGUGUAUACUUGCAUUAUGCACUCAAAGUAUAUUUAAGUGUUUUUGUCUAUCUGAGAUGGGUGGUGGUCGUCUUUGUGUGAGAGAGCCUAAGCAACCAGCCCUAAACAUAACUGUGUGAGAGACUGGAGAUAUUGCUGUGAAUUAAUAAGUAUGACACUAACGAUAAUGAAGAAAAUCCUGUAUUAAGACCACUGUACUUGUUGAACCUAAAACGACCUCUUCAAAUCAAAAAGUUGGAUGAAGUUUAAAUUGUCUUCCCUGUGAUGUUUCUGGGAAGUAUACAUCACGGAAUAUAUUUAUUAAAUUAAUUUUGUACAUCGGUCUGGAAUUUUUUUUCUUCAUUCUUAUCUAUUAAAGAAAUGAAGCAUUUUGAAAUACGCACACACACACACAUGCACACACAUACAGGUUUGUAAUCAUAUCUUUGUGGGGACUCUCCAUUCUUUUCUAUAGGGAAAAAUCUAAUCACAACGUUACGACCUUAACCCCAACCCAGCCCUAACAUUAACCAUGAUCCCCACAAAAUAAUAUAAUCCUAAUCCCGCACACACACACACACACACACACACAUAAGGCCAAAAAACUGUUUAUGAAGAUUGAUAUUACAUGGUUCUUUAUGGGCUGUAUUAAAUUCUUCUUCCUUUCUGAAAAUUUCCAGGACCUGCUGAAGUGCUUACAAUGCAUUCAUAAUUGAGGAUCGACGUGUUAUGAUAAUGAAGGGAGUUGGGAGUAGGUUUGGUCAUUGUGGGAUGACACAAUCCCUAUGCGGUAGGGCCAGACUGUGUGUUAGACAGCAACAGUCACCUCCAGACUGUAACCCUGGUGACUGUAAGACUGUGGCUGCAUUAAGAAUCGCAACAUAAUGCACAAUUAGCCCACCGUUGUAGUGUGUCUGCCAUUUUGUAGUGCUGUUCAAAAUCUUCAUGGCAAAUCUGAUUCACAACUAAGAGAUGCCAGUUCACCUUAACCCCUUUGAGCUUGCUGUGCAGAUUCUGUACAUCCAUCACCUCUUGAAAAAUUAUUUUAUUUUGUUUCACUUUUCUACGAUGAAGCAAAUUAUAGCAAAUAUAGUCUUACGAAAAUAAUGGUAAAAAUUCAAUCUAUUCAAAAAAUGCAUUUAAACAUCAGUAUAGCCUAAGUCACGUAGCUCGUUUGCCUUUCGUUGUUAUUCCUGUCGCACUUAACCUAAGCUCUUAGUUAACGCAUUUUGAGUCUAACAAGUCAAACAAGAGUUUCCAGAUAAACGAGUGGCCCAUAACUUACUGUUCUUUGAAACACAGCGUUUAUGAGAUGAUAAUAUCGCCCACGCCUGCUAAAGGGACAGCAGCAUGUUUAGGUUUGCCGUUAAGUUCAUGUGAAGUUGCGAUGGAUUUAAAAGUUAUCUUUGCAAUGUAGCGCAGUUUAAAAACUCAUUCUUACUUCUAGAUAUAGAUAGAUUUUUUUUAAAGCUUCCCAGAUAUUUCUUCAUCGGAAGAUUGUCUCUUUGAAUGUUACUUGCAUUUGCAAGUAACAUUAAAUGCAUUAAUACAGUAUUUAUUUGCUUCUUAGAGACAUUUUAUUUCAUUUUGUGCGUAUCUGACAAAAUUCUCAGUUAAAAUGACAAGGAUUUUCUUCAGAGGAUUUUUUGCGAUCAGAAGAAACGGAUACAACUGAAACACCAUUGAAGUUCGUGGCCUCGGUGAGACAGAAUUCCGCGAGUGUCCUUUUGGUAUAACCUAGGAGUUGUUACAUUACAACGUCUGUUUAUUAACUCCCAUUGGAGAAGAAACGGAUACAAGUAGAAGUCGUUUAAGAAAGUUAAAAGAAGAUACUGAAGAGUGAAGCAGCUUUUUUUUAACUGGGUUGCUGAAUGAGAACUUAUGGCUUUUUACCGUCGCUGUUGUAUGUGUUUCUGUUUGUUUCUCUUUCUUUUGGUUUACCUUUUUUUGUAUGUCGUUGUAACGAUCAACUACCAAAUGAAUCCGACCCCCACCGAACUGCCAAUUCACUUUGUUGCCCCGGGAGUCUCUCCAUUAACGUUGCUGGCUGAACGCCCCUUCUGGAAUGUAAAACUCGACGACAGUGCCCUGUGGAACCGACUCCAGCAUGUUCUGGACCGUGAGUGCAACCCCAUCCUGAGGCAGCUGGAUACAGCAAGAGGAGCAGCAGGAGCUGGGCUCCAGAAAGGUCCUGGAAUUGGCUUGCAGAGUUUGGGUCCCAUUUCAGAGGUCAAGGAAAGCUUCCCAAAAGAUAUCCAGGAUUUCCUGCAGUCCAUGCACUUCAGGGAGUACCCGCUGAUAAUAGACCAGUCCAGGCUGUGUAGCGAAGAAGCUCCUUUGCUAUUGCUAGCCAUCAAAUCAAAAGAGUGCAAUAUUAGGAACAGAGAGGCAAUCCGGGAAACGUGGGGAAGUACGGGGCUGGUGACAGGUGAGGCUGGAAGAGGCGGAGUGGUCCAUAGGGUUUUCCUGCUGGGCAGACAGGACCGCUCUCCGCAGUCCUGCCCCCUUUCCAAUGACCACCUGGCAGAGGAGAGCAUGAAGUAUGGAGACAUCCUCCAAUGGGACUUCAGGGACACAUUCUAUAACUUAACCCUGAAGGAUGUGCUUUUCUGGCCAUGGGUUUUACAGCACUGUCCUCAUGCCCGUUUCAUCUUUAAAGGCGAUGAUGAUGUGUUUGUGAGGACACCUGCCCUUCUUGACGUCCUACAACAGGCGGAGCAGCAGUCUAAAGCAAGAGGAAGAAACUUGGAUUUUGUCAUAGGGGAUGUGAUUAAUGAUGCAUUCCCAAUCCGUCAGGUUGAUGAAAAGUACUAUAUCCCACAGGACUUCUAUGCAGGGAAAUAUCCCCCCUAUAUGGGUGGUGGGGGGGUUGUGUACUCUGGAUCUCUGGUCAUGCAACUCAAUGAGGUCUCUAAGAGGGUGCACCUCUUUCCCAUUGAUGACGUCUUCCUGGGCAUGUGCCUCUACAAAUUAGGUAUUGUCCCCAGGAGUCACCCUGGAUUUUUGACCUUUGACUUUCCAAAGGAGGAAGCAAACAAUCCAUGUUCCUAUUUCUCUAUUUUACUGGUACACAAACGGAGUCCCGAAGAGACAUUAAGUUUGUGGAAUGUACUAAAGCACAUACAGGUGGACUGUCUAAAACAGACAUCAGACAUUCCCAGAAGAAAUACAUUUUUUCUACAAAAAGAAUGAUCCGCCGUUGAUGUAUUGACGCAUGCCUAAGCUUAUACAGUAGUCUCACUUACCCGAAAUAAACGGGCCGGCAGAACAUCGGAUAAGCGAAAAUGUCGGAUAAUGGGGGGUUUAAGACAAAGCCUAUUAAAUGUCAAACUAUAAUUAUAAUUUUAGGUUAUAAUUAUAAUUAUUAGUUAUAAUUUUACACAUUACAAACCUAAUAACCAUGUUUUACAACAAAACAACAGAAAAAAUGAACUGAAAAAAUGAACUUACAGUUACGUUAAGUUAAGUUAAAUACAGUAUGUACUGUACAGUUGGGGUAACUAAUUAGCUGCGGUAGAGUCGGGAGCAACAAAAAAUAGACCACACUCAUGCUCGCAACUUGCAGUUCUUGUUGCCAAUUUUUUUUGUUUGUUUUUUUUUUUCCGGUGGGACGUUGGAUAAUACGGAAUGUUGGGUAAGCGAAGGUUGGAUAAUCGAGACUGUAAUGUAUUAUAUUUUUCUAUUAGGAUGCAGCUCCACCUUUAUGCUUUCAGAUUUUUUUCCAGCUAAGGGGAAAACCAAAUAAACCCAUUACAUCCA